GAUGAUGGAAGUAAAAUGAAGCUGACCUCAGGUAUUGAAAUUAUGAUGACAUCGGUUGCUGAGCAACUUGUUAACCACUCUGACCUGAGCACUGAUGUAUUGAUUCAAGUGAUGCAGGAAAACACAAAGGCAUUGCAACAACUACCAUGGUAUCACCUUGAUGAUGGAAGUAAAAUGAAGCUGACCUCAGGUAUUGAAAUUAUGAUGACAUCGGUUGCUGAGCAACUUGUUAACCACUCUGACCUGAGCACUGAUGUAUUGAUUCAAGUGAUGCAGGAAAACACAAAGGCAUUGCAACAACUACCAUGGUAUCACCUUGAUGAUGGAAGUAAAAUGAAGCUGACCUCAGGUAUUGAAAUUAUGAUGACUUCGGUUGCUGAUCGACUUGUUAACCAUUCUGACCUGACCACUGAUGUAUUGAUUCAAGUGAUGCAAGAAAACACAAAGGCAUUGCAAAAACUACCAUGGGAUGAACUUGAUGAUGGUAGUAAAAUAAAGCUGAUCUCAAGAAUAGAAACUAUGACGACUCGGGUUGGUGAUCGACUUAACAAUACUGAUCUGACCAGUGAUGUAUUGAUUCAAGUGAUGCAGGAAAACACUAAAGUACUGGAGAAACUACCAUGGCACAACAUUGAUGAUGGUAUUAAAAACAAGCUGAAGUCAGAUCUGGAAAGAAUGAUAAAACGUGUAAUUCAGCAUUUAUCUAAACAUCCAGAGAUCAGUAAUGACGUUGUUAAAGGUAUACUUUGCACCAGUGAAGCUAUUUUGAAGAAUAUUAGUUGGACUGAUCUUAACAGUGAUUUGAAGAACAAUGUCCUCUCUUGUUUGGCCGAGUUAAUGAAAUUAGUGUCUGAAAGAGCUCUUCGCCAUGGCAAGCGUGAAGUACUCAGUCACGCCGUAUCUAUUAUACUUGCAAUGUCAUCUCUACUCCCACAGUCUUCUGAUAUUACUUCACGAUUACAGUCACAUCUUGAAGCCAUGGUAGCUUCGGUUGAAAAAUAUAAUGUGCAAUUCUACGAUAUGGACGGAGUGAUAGACAUGAUGACUGCUGCAUUUAAUAAACUGAAGGCUGGCAACAAACUCUCAUCUGAAGCGACAUUAGUCAUAUUGUCCAUAGUGUCUCGUAUAACAAAAGCUUAUUUGGAACAAGCCACAUCAAAGUUACAUGGUGGAUCUGAGAGAAGGUUAAUGGAACAAUUGAUGUCACUUCUACGAGACGUCAGACAUUUACUACCAGAGGAUCUGCCGACUGCUUCUGAUGUUACUGAACUGAAAUCACAAGUAGAUAGCCAUGUUGACACCCUGGAUCGAGUGCUGCUUCAAUUCAAUGAUAUUCAAGUGAAGAGUACAGAGAGUGAUCAGCCGUUUAUCCUUGAUGAAAUCCUCAAUGAUAUCAAGAAAGAGCUGAGUAAGUUGAAGAAAAAAAUGGCAAACAUGAUUCACAUCUUUGAAAGGAAAUCAGAACAUGGUCUGGAAUUCAAAGAAAGUAUUCAAGCAUUGAUGGAACGAAUCGAAGUCCAAACAAAAAGGGUGAUGUCUGGACUUUCUCGUGAUUCUGGUUAUGGGUCUUAUGAUGGGUCAAUGUUGACAGGUAAAAAUUCAUCAAAUGAUCCAGAUACGCUCGUCGUUUUCGGUGGUUUUCUUGUAAAUGAUAUGAUUAGUAUACGAAAAAUGUGUGUUUUCGAAAAUACUCGGAACAGCUGUAAACCCAUCCAUCCUCAAUGGUGUAUAGUCUUUGACGAUACUAAACACAUUUCUUAACACGGAACAUUCAGAAUUAAGAAUGACAGAACGGAUGAGACGUACUAUAUUAGGGAAGCGUAUGGGAUUUAAAGAUAACUCCCGCUAUUUAAUGAGAUUUAUGUUUUUUUGCAAAUUAAUUCCCGCUUUUAAUGAUUUCAAUAUAGCAAAAAAUCCCUCAAAGUAAAGCUAGGCCCCCUUUUUCUUAAAUUUAUAUAAAAGUCUUGUUAUCCCUGUUAUAUCCACUACUAAACACAUUUCUUAACACGGAACAUUCAUAAGGGGAGCGUAUGGGAAUUGAAGGUAAGACUCAGUCCCGCAGUUUAAUGAGAUUUGAUUGUUUAUUUUUUGCAGAUUUUGAUUAAUUCACACUUUUAAUGAUUUCAAAAACCAUUAGCUACAAUAGUUACCCAACUCAUUUGUAAAAGGUUAAUAUUAUACAGCAAAAUGGAAUAGGUCUAGUUUCAAACAAUUGCUUUAACUAGAGACCUGCUGAUUUUCAUCCUGGGCCUCGUUCCCUACGAUCUCUAAUCCCAAACCAAAGGUCAGACU